ACAGGUGAGGCUGUUAGUCUUAGCACAGUCAGAACGAAAGUAUGCGCUUGAGCAUUUAGGCCUUUAUUUGAAUUAGUUAAUUAUUUUCAUUUAAAUCUUUGGAUUAUUAACAUCUUAUUUUUAUAAAUAGAUUGGUCUCUUCUGAUAUGCUCUUAGAGCCGACUCGUUCGCGAACGACCCAUCACUAAUACUCCGCGGUUUGACUGGAACAACAAACUGUUCAUCAACACAGUUCGGAGAAGCCGAAGAUUCCACCGGAAGUAGCAUUCUUGUUUACAGCAGUUAGCUAAGGUGUUAGCUAGUUAGCAAAGUAGCUACCGGUAGAUAUAUCUAGCUAACAUAAAAGAGGAGGAUGAGCAGCUCGGAGGAGGUGUCCUGGAUCUCCUGGUUCUGUGGCCUGAGGGGGAAUGAGUUUUUCUGUGAGGUUGAUGAGGACUACAUUCAGGACAAGUUUAACCUGACAGGGCUUAAUGAGCAGGUGCCUCACUACCGCCAGGCCCUUGACAUGAUCCUGGACCUGGAACCAGAUGAGGAGCUGGAGGACAACCCCAACCAGAGUGACCUGAUAGAGCAGGCAGCAGAGAUGCUGUACGGGCUGAUACACGCACGCUACAUCCUCACCAACAGAGGCAUCGCUCAGAUGCUGGAUAAGUACCAACAAGGGGACUUUGGCUAUUGCCCAAGAGUGUACUGUGAGAAUCAACCCAUGCUUCCUAUUGGUCUGUCAGACAUCCCAGGUGAGGCGAUGGUGAAGCUGUAUUGUCCAAAGUGCAUGGAUGUGUACACCCCCAAGUCCUCCCGGCACCACCACACGGACGGGGCCUACUUCGGGACAGGCUUCCCCCACAUGCUAUUUAUGGUGCACCCAGAGUACCGGCCAAAACGACCUGCCAAUCAGUUUGUGCCAAGGCUAUAUGGCUUCAAGAUCCACCCCAUGGCUUAUCAACUCCAACUCCAGGCUGCCUCCAGCUUCAAGAGUCCUGUGAAGGCUAUUCGCUAGAACUUACACACCCGGCCGGGAAAGAGACAUUUUGACUUGGUUGGAAUGAAAGCAGUGGAUUAUGUAGCUCAAUAAAGGCUUGUUAAAAACACAUUCUGACAGAUACAAUACAUACAUGUAGAUCAGGGAUGGGGAAACUCCAGUCAUCGUAGGUCACAGUAUUACCCCAUUCAUAGCAAACAUAGCUGAUUCAACACAUUGUAUUCGAAACUGAUGAUCAUGAUUAGUUAAUUAUUGGAGUCAGGUGUGUUAGCUGCAGCAAAAAUAUGACACCAAUCAGGCCCCAGAAGGACUGGAGUUGACCAUCCCUGAUGUAGUUAAUGUCACGUCCGGACCAGGCCAUCAUCUGUUACACAGGAUGCUCUUUGGUGAUUGGCUCCCUCUGUACAGAGGAGCCAAUCAUAACCCUACUGACUACAAUCGUGCAACUCUUCCCCUCUCCUUGACAGGACCCAAUCUUUCAAACCUUUUUUCAGUUUGGCCCGCUAAGGCCGGGUUUUCCAAACUCAGUCCUGAGGCCCCCUCCCCCCCUGCACAGUAUUGGGUUGGCUCAGAUACAUUCUCUACAUGGUUUCCUUUCCCGCAUGGUUCCAUUACCGAGGGUGGACACAUAACUUAGCAGUGUGAAAAGGCUGAUAUAAAACCAUCUUCAAUGAUUUUUCAUAUCCAGAUGAUUGGCUGAGAAUCCAAUUAACAACCGUUUUGAUAUGUAUUAUAGAUUCCCUAGAGGAUGGAUGCUGCACAAAUUAAAUUUAAGACAGAGUUUAUUAGAUGUAUAAGAUAUGUUCUCAGGGUGAAUGGCAACAUGGGUUUGCUUUGUGCUGACAUAAAAUACCGGUGCUGGGACACUCACUGUCCCAAAGUGAAAAUGUUCGGGCCACUUAAGCCAUCAUUCGUUGUGAACAUGUCCAUGACAGAGCAGAGUUGUCUCUUGACUAGAUACUGAGACGCAUGGUUUCUCUUGCAUUGUGUUACAAUAUUAAGUGGUGUUGAACACACAGGUCUUUCAUUUUGAUAACCUAUAGCUACAACCAGUUUACAUUAUGGUACUACAUUUUACAUUAAUAAUGUUUUUCUUUCAGUCUACAAUUCCAGUGGUAAUGCUAUUAUUGAUUUUCUGAAGUCUGUAUGCAAGCAUCUGGAAUUAAGAAUUUUUAAUAAAAUUGUAUUUCUUACAA